AUGGAGGUCAACUUACCCAUGAUCGAAGGGGCUAUCGAGCGUCUCUUCGAUCCCAAUUCCGGCCCGGCAGUAUCCCAGCAAGCGAAUGCCUUUCUGUAUCGUGUCCAAUACAGUCCAGAGGCUUGGAAACUCUGUUGGGACCUUUUGGCUCCAGAGAAGGACCUGAAGUGUCACUUGAUCGGGAGCUCCAUGCUCCAUGCCAAAGUGUGCCAAGGCUUGAAUGAUCUCAACGAUGAGCAGCUCAACGCGCUGAGAACGAAAUUGGUCAGCGCGCUAGUCACUCACGCUGUUCAACAAACACCUCAAGCGAAUCAGGUGUCAGUGAAGCUGGCAGUCACGCUCUCAGCGUUCGCUGCGCGGACCUUAACAGCCUUCUGGAAAUCAGCUGUUCACGACAUGAUAGCGAAUCUGAAAUCGUCUCAUCCUCUGCUCUUGAUCGAAUUUCUCGUGGCCUUGCCGGACCAAAAUGUCAAGAUCGAGGGACCACAGAGCUGUUUGACUCCCUCCGUGAGGGAUGUUCUCGCACUCUGCUCGUCUGCCUUGGCUGAUCCAGCCUUGCGAGAGGUCUCAAUGCGCGCCAUCACGCAGUGGGUCAGUUUGGAUUCCGUGGAAUCGAUGCCACCGGACCUCUGCAUAACGCUACUCAACUACGUGCCCCAUAAUCACGAAGCAGCGUGUGAUGCUUUAGUGAAUUGUCUGACGCAUCCUGAUUGGUUCCGCCUGCCCAACACGAUCGCCGAGAUACUGGUGCAAGUGAUUUCGCAGUGCAGAUCCUUCAUAAACAGUGCGAAGGCCGUAGGCGACCAGGAAUCUCUAUUCUCCAUUUAUGCACUUCUCGCGGGUGUCGGUGAAACCCAUAGUUCUGUGAUUCUUCAAAGCCUCCAAGGAGAAAAGAGGCCUGCCAUGGAGGCUUUCCUACAGAUGCUCCUAGAGUGUAUCGGGACGCCGGGUUACUACCCAGUCGACGAGAUCCUCUCUAGAGUUCCGCUGACUUUCUGGCAUUUGCUCCUGGAUGAUCUCAGUCGUUUGGAAGUCUCAGCCAAGGGCCGAGUUUCCCUCGAAUUACACCCGGUAUACGAGGAGUUGGUACGUCUGCUACUCACCAAAUCACGCCUCCCGGACCAUGGUAGCAUGGAUGCCGAUGAGAUGGAAGAUCACAGAUGUUACAGACAAGAUAUUGCUGAUUGUUACGUUUAUGUGCAUACUUUAUUGUCGAAAUCCAUGUUCCGAUACCUUAUAUUCGAGCUGAAGUCUGCGGUCUCGUCUUAUAACACGACUCAUAAUUGGAAACCCAUCGAAGCUUGCCUAUUCUCUCUGAAUGCCGUCGGCGAAAUGGCCGACGGUAUAGAGCACGGGAAUGUGGUUCAUGAAGUACUCGAUCUAUUGCCUCAAAUCCCCGCUGUGAAUGAUGAAGUGAUGUCGCAAGUUAUGACGGCGAUCGGCAUUUUCGCCGAGAAAACCUCUGGUCAGCAAAUAGGACCUCUGGUCCAUCUUCUUCUCCGCGGCUUGCAAGAGCCUGGCAUUUCUUUCGCAGCUUCCAUGGCCUUGAAAGAUCUUGCUCGUGCUCACGCAGAGCACCUGGCCCCGGUUGCGAAUGACAUCCUCCAAGCCAUCGGAAUCGUGCUCCAUCCCCAGAGUCCUCUACCCCUGAAGCACAGAGAUAGAGUGCGUCUAGUAGCUAUAGUGGGCCACGUGGUGUCGGCACUGAGUUCAACUGAUCAAGCCUUGCAAAGUUUGACGGCCUUGAUGGCGCCUUUUGUGAUGCAGCUCUCGGAAAUGACCAAUACUUUCGAGGUACAUCCUGACCUCAUCGACCCGACGGUCGAGAAUUUGGAUCUCUUGCAAUCCAUGUUUUCGUCAUUGAGUUUUCAAGACGGGUUCGGGCCCUCUCAGAGCUCGAAGCCCGGACAGCACCUAGUUGAGCAACUUGCACCUUUAUUCUCUCAAAUCGCGGCAAAAUAUCCUACUAAUACGAAGGUGGUCAACGGCCUUGCUGAGUGUCUACGCAGGGCGGUCCCAGUACUGGAAACAACCAACCGGGGACCUUUAUUGAAACAACUGUUGAGUCUCUGCUGUGAGCUACAGAGAGCCGCACCAAAUGCAGCUGUGAUAGAAUGCGCGUCAUCGAUAUUGACUCACGCUAAGGUGACGUAUGCGUCUGAGCUGGGAGAACACCUGAUAAACCUCUGUGAUACGUGCCUCAAGUACUUCGCACAUGAUUUACAUGAGCGCACCGACUUAGUAGAAGCUUUCUACACGAUGCUAGCGUCUCUGCUCAAGAAGAGAGCCACCUAUUUCGAUGGCUUCGCGAUCGAGACCCUGUUGGAGUGUACGAAGUGCGCCAUUCUCAGCACGAAACUGCCCGAGACGUUCACAUUCCGAUCCGUCAUACAGUAUUUGGUCCAGUUCGUCACCGCGUCCGAGAGAAUCGAAAUCCUGAGGAAAACAUUGGAACUAUGCGGAGAGGGAAUCGUCGCAACUCUCAUCGAGAAUAUGCACGGCGGGGUCUCGCGUAAGCUGAUCGAACAAGAAGCCGACGUCUUUCUUGCACUCAACCGGAGCGCUUUCCCGUUGUUAGCUUCGUGGCUGAACAGAUUCCUUCAAGUUCCCGAAGCUCUGCCGGGAGUCAGCCAAGACAGCAAAACAAACUUUGUGCGCCAAAUACUGCGGGAACGCUCAAACAAACGGAUUCUCACUAAGGUUGUCUCGGACUUCACCGUGGAAUGGCGUAGGCUGGAAGGAGAGUACGGUCGAGCGACUACUGCGGCUCGAAUCUGAAUUUAAAUCCGAGUGAAUCAGCUUGAUGCUGAAGGGAGACAACGCCACCGAGGGCGACUUUCCCCACCUGGCCAGAACGAACUCAGGGGACCAGGAUUUUCCUCUCACCAUCUCUCGGGAAGGACCAGUAGGGACACCGAGAAUCGGCUUUCGCCUCAAGAAGCUCGGAUAGGUUCCGGAGCGAGUCGGAAGAAAUGCCAAAAGCCCAUGCUGCACACAGUCGAUCGAUUGAGCAUCUCAACCUGUCAUAGCU